AUGGUAGACGGAGAUAAUCCACCACCACCUCCACCUCCGACGGGGCCUCCUCGAAGGAGGACGCUCAAAGAUCUAACAUCUCAAUCGUUGACAAGUUUGAAGCCAACUGGAACUGACAAAGGCAGAGCUUUACUUACAUCUUUUCCAUUUUCUUUGACAGAUUCUGCAGAAGAAUGGUUUUACAACCUUCCACAAGGAAGUAUUACAUCAUGGAAUGACAUGCAGAAAGUGUUUCUAGAAAAGUACUUUCCCGCUUCCAAAGCAGCAUCUAUUCGUAAAGCAAUAACUGGAAUUGAGCAAAUUGUUGGUGAAACUCUUUACGAUUAUUGGGAACAGUACAAGAAGUUAUUGUCUAGCUGUCCACACCACCAAAUCAGUGAACAACUCAUAGUGCAGUAUUUUUAUGAUGGGAUGCUUCAGUCGGAGAGAAAUCUCAUAGAUGCGGCUAGUGGUGGUGCAUUAACCAACAAAACCAUUGAUGAAGCCACAGAACUGAUCAAGAACAUGGAUGCAAACACGCAACAAUUUAAUACAAGAGGCACGUCGAUGGCUAGGAGGGUCAACGAUGUCAGUUCUUCUUCACACUUAGAGGAAAGAAUAGGUAAUAUGGAGAAGAUGAUGCAACAAAUGGAGGCUGUGAUCAUUCCUACUUAUGAAGAAGAGGCCGAACAGAAAGAUCAUCCGAAUUUCAGUUAUGCAAACAAGCAAGCUGCAGUUUCCAACCCCAUUUUCGGAAGACAAGGUGGUUUUCAACAAUCACAAUUCCAACCACAACAUCAGCAGCACAAUCAAAGCUCAAGUUUAGAAGAGAUGAUGAAAGCCAUGAUGCAGAAACAAAAUACAAUAUUACAACAGAACACACAGUAUCAAAAAAAGAACGAUGCUACUGUCAAAGAUCUACAAUUACAAAUGGGGCAAAUAACAACUGAUGUGAAUUCACUGAAGGCACAAGCUUCAACAAAGUUGCCAUCACAACCUUUCGUAAAUCCAAGAGAGCACAUCAAUGCAGUGACAUUAAGAAGUGGAAGACAAGUUGAGGAGCCGCGACAACAAGGUUCUAAUCUGGAUACAGGAGCAGUACGUGUACCAAAUGACGAUAUUGAAAAGGAAGUAGAGGCGGAAAACGCUCCCCUACUGCGACAAAACUCGCCUCGAAUUUACACUGAAAAUGACAAAUUGAGGAGAGGAGUUUGGAACUGCUACUGGUGGUACAACUUGACCUUGAAUUAUGCAUCCGGAUCACUAGCCUUUCCGCAUAGGAAUUUAACUUCUUAG